UUGAGUGACGUUGGUAAAAAAAGCAUUCCUUUGAAGAAAGAUAGAAGAAACUACGAAUAGCAAGUACCUUUGGCGGCUUCAAGUUCAAUGUUAUAUAGCUGUCGGAAGAAAGUUAUACUUGCAUUUCGAUGGUGUAUGUUUUGCCGUUCGUUGCAAAUUAUCAGUCUGGCAUAAGUGUGCAUUUUUUACAAGUGUGUUUAUCUUAACUAACGAUGGCUCCGAAUUUGCUAGGAAAUUCAGCGUUAUUUCUGGCCGAAACUAAUUCAGCUGAACCAGUACAGAUAAUUAGUAAACCAGGACUGCAAGAUGUAUUGCCGCCAGUAAAACCCCAAAUUUCAAGCAGAUUGUCUGUGCCCCAAUACAGAUGGCAGAUCGUAUGGAGAAAUGUUUUCAUUUUUAUAUACUUGCAUAUUGCUGGUAUUUAUGGGUUAUAUUAUGCUAUUGCUCAAGCACAAUGGAAAACUCUUCUGUGGGGAUAUUUUAUUCUUCUCACAUCAGGAAUUGGCGUCACAGCAGGAGCUCACAGAUUAUGGGCCCAUCGCACAUACAAGGCAAAACUGCCUUUACGAAUUUAUUUGGCUUUUUGCCAAACUGUCGCUUUGCAAAAUCACAUCUACGAAUGGGUACGAGACCAUCGCGUCCAUCACAAAUUCACAGACACAGACGCUGAUCCUCAUAACUCCAACCGAGGAUUCUUUUUCUCACACAUGGGCUGGUUGCUUGUUAAAAAACACAAGGAUGUCUUCGUCAAGGGAAAAACUGUAGAUAUGAGCGAUGUGGCGGCUGAUCCCGUGGUACGAUUUCAAAGAAAAUACUACAUAAUCCUGGCGCCAAUCCUAACCUUCGUUUACCCUGCCAUCAUCCCUUGGUAUUUCUGGAACGAAACUCCCACUGUAUGUUUCUAUAGUGUCGCCAUCUUCAGAUAUAUUCUAACCCUUCAUGGGACUUGGUUGGUAAAUAGUGCAGCUCAUAUUUGGGGUUACAGACCUUAUGACAAAAACAUAAAUGCCACCGAAAACAAGAGCGUUUCUAUCAUUGCUUUCGGUGAAGGAUGGCACAACUACCACCAUGUCUUCCCUUGGGAUUACAAAGCUGCAGAAUUAGGAAAUUACAGGAUGAAUUUUACGACGGCUUUUCUUGAUCUGAUGUCGAAAAUUGGACAAGCUUACGAUUUAAAAACUGUGUCGCUUGACAUGGUUAAUAAGAGAAAGAAGAGAACCGGAAAUGAUACCGAAUUGGUAGCUGAAGAAUUGGUUGAAAAUGAAGAGAAAGAUCACCAUCAUCAUGAUGACAGUAUCUGGGGAUGGGGUGAUAAAGAUAUGAAACAAGAUGAUAUGGAUAUGGUAGAAGUGCAUAACCCGAGGAGGGAGAAAAAAGAUUAAAAUUGCAUGUAGGUACUGUGAUGUUUGGUUACCAGUAAGAUUUGUUUCUCUUAUUAUUUAUUGUUUUAUCUUUAAAGUAUACAUAUUUUAAUUUAUCUUUUUUGGUGGCUUUAUGUGUUAAAGAUUGCGCCACUUAGUCGACACUUUAUCGAAAAGGUUUUCAUAUUUAAUUAAAUUGUUCAAGGUUAGUGAGUCUGUUUCAAGUUGUAGCAAAUAGUUGUUACUGUUUUAUUUUUGAUUAACCUAAUAUCUGUUAUAUUUAAGUUAUUGUAUUUGUUUGUUAAAGUAAAUAUUAAUAAAUGCAAGCAGGUUAA